CAGAGUCGUACUCACAAAACGCUCAGCGAUGCGGACGAUGGAACCGGGUCAAAUUGGUGUAAAACGCUGUUCUGGGAACCGUUAACUAUUUGAGUGAUUCCCAAAAAUGCUUCUGUAACUUGGGAAGCAGUUUAGCGAUACAAACGGACUACGACUGGUUUCAUGCGACCACUGAAGAUAUAGUUUCGGGAUAUUCUUUUCCGCGAGUAGGCUGCGUUAACCGACACCCGUGUUCUACAGCCUUGACGCUGUGGAAUAGGACCAGGAUGACUGCUUGAUUUCCCUAUUUUCUUACGCGACUACCUCCACCCCGGAUCUUUCCCUUUCCUUCCACUCGGCCUGUCUGCGGACUCGCUAUGGUGGAUUCGAAUGCUUCGAGAAAGACUUUUGUGGUCCCGGACAUAAAACCCGUGGAUCAGUAUGAUUUCACCAGAGCCAAAAUAUGCGCCAGUGUGGGUUGGCUCUUGGCUAAAACCUACGGCAAUGCAGAGAACGUCCCGUCGGAGCUGCGCGACCCGUUCUACUGCGACCAGUACGAGCAGGAGCACCUCAAGCCUCCCGUCACCCGCCUGCUGCUGUCGCCCGAGCUCUACUGCCGUGCCUACACCCUGCUCCUGCAGCAGCAGCCGGGGCCCGAGCACGCCUCCGCUGGGGGCCCCAAAACGGGGGCUGUCGAGGGGAGCCCCAAAGACAACGCGGCCCUACUGCACACGCUCAGUAAGAGGGGGCUGGUCCCCAAAGACCAGGAUGCACCGGUCACGGAUGAGGACCUCCGGCACAAGCCCAUCAAAAUGAGUGCCCACUUGGCACUGAUUGAUGCCCUGAUGGCGGCGAGAGCCAUGGAGACGCUUAGCGCAGCGAGGACGAGAGGAGCCGAGCUGCUGGAUGGAGGAGGAGGAGACUGGGAGGAGGCCCUACUGCACUGGGUUAGCGGGCUGAAUGAGAGGCUGAGGGAGUGCACAGAGGAGACACAGAACUCUGAGAGCAGUUCAGACCCACAGCCCGUCCAGCCCUCUAUCCGCUACAGGAAGGAUAAGAUGCAGUCGCGGCAGAAGCCCUGCUUCACCACAGUCAGGGAAGUCAAGGACCUGACUAAUGGCUCUGCCAUCGCCGCCGUGAUACACUACUACUGCCCAGGCCUGCUGCGACUAGAGGACGUGUGCAUGAAGGAGUCCAUGUCGGUGGCUGAUGGGCUGUACAACCUGCAGCUGAUCCGCGAGUUCUGUGAGAGUUGCCUGAAGAGCUGCUGCCCCCUGGUGCUGGAGGACCUGCUCUACGCCCCACCUCAACUGCAGGUGAAUAUUUUCAGCUUUCUGGCUGAGCUGCUGAGGUGGUUUGAGAUCCAGAGACCAGAGUUUGUUCAGCCUCUCAACACAAUGGACCCGACAGAUGGAUCGGGAAAAACAGACGGUGGACCGCCCAGUGGAAGCAGCUCGCCCUCCCUCUUCAAGAAACCCUUCCUGCCCAUCUCCUCCCCCAUGCCCCCAGUGCCAGGCGCGCUCACUCAGUCUACCUCAAUGUCUCAUGUAGAGUCCGUUGGAAGAUCAUGGACAAAGAAGCCCAUCAGCCGUCCCCUGUCCGCCGUCUCCUUCAGCAUCCCCUUCGGCCUGGACAGCGACGUGGACGUGGUGAUGGGCAAGUCGGUCAGCCCGCCAUCGACCAUCAUCCAGCGCUCCGUCAGCUCCGACAACCUCAACCCGGCCCACCACCAGGGGGCGGCGCGGGGCUCCCCCUACACGCCCCCCGAGGACCUCAGCCACGUCCUGAGCCGCUCCCCCGGCCCUCACGGCCCCCACAACGGCUCCCACCGUUCCUCCUGGGCCUCCCCCACCCCCGCCGCGCCCCUGCUGGCCGAGGAGAACGGCCUGGACGAGGCCGAGGUGGAGGCCGAGCCCGGGGAGCUGCCCACCAUUGAGGAGGCCCUGCAGAUCAUCCACAACCAGGGCAAGAUGGAGCCACGCUUGCACCCCGACGGCGCUCCGGACGGGUUCUACCUGCACUCGCCCGACGACCCGGCUGGUGCCCACCACGCAGGCAGCGCUGGCCCUGCGUCAUCGUCCUCCCCCGCAGCGCUCAGUUGCUCUGCCCCCCCGCGCUCGGGCAUGCUGUACAGGCCGCACCACACGCCUCCUCCUCCUCAACCACCAUCAUCAUCCGCCACGCCGCCACAGCCCUGCUCCUCGUCCUCCUCCCGGACGCGCCACACCUCGGAGGGCUCCCGCGACGACGACUCGGUGCUGCGCGACGGCAGCGUGGACUCUGACGCCUCGGAGGAGCUGCCCAGCAGCAGCCGGACCGCCCAGUCCACUCCGGCCACGCCCCUCUCCUCGCACCCGCGCGGCGGCAGCGGAGGAGGCGGGGGAGACCAGACGCCGGACAGCGGCGUGCGCAUGACCAGCUUCGCCGAGCGCCGGAAGAAGCAGCAGCUGCAGACGCCCCAGGAUGCGGAGUCCUCCACCCCCGUGGGCUCCGCACCCUCCACCCCCACCCCCACCCCCACGCCCACUCCCACCCCGGCUGCCAACAUCACCUCCUGGGCAGCCAAGAAGCAAGAAGAGGGUAGCCCCGGCAAGAGCCCGGCGCUCAACAGCGAGAUGUCGGAGCUGGGCGUCCGGCUGGAGGAGAAGCGCAAGGCCAUCGAGGCCCAGAAGAAGCGCAUCGAGGCCAUCUUCGCCAAGCACCGGCAGCAGCUGGGCAAGAGCGCCUUCCUGCAGCUCAAGAAGGAGCAGGAAGGGGAGGGAGAAGGAGAAGGAGAGGGGGGUGUCGACGGGGAGGAGGUGGUGAGCGCCUCCUCCACCGAGGAAGACCUGAGCCUGUUGGCCCCCACGGAAAUGAAGAGACCCCCAACACAACAACAACAACAACAGCAGCGCCCCCUGGAGGAGCUGGACGGGAAGCUAGCCAAGCGGCAGCUGGACUUCUCAGGAGCUGGAGGUCCAGGUGGGGAGAAGGGCACGGCCCCGCUGGGGGACUACAACAACGCGGUGACCAAGCUGAACGCCGCCCUCUCCUCGCUGCAGAGUGACAUGCAUCGCUUGGCCGAGCAGCAGAAGCACCUGAUGCACAAGAAAGCCGGCGCUCCGACGCCCCCGCCAUCGUCUUCGGGCGGCACCCAGUCCUGGGUCAUCCCCCAGGCUCCCAGGUCCUCUCGCGGCGGCGGCGGCGGUUCUGUGACCCCUACGGGCCGGCUGUCUCGCGAAGCCACCCGCGACCUCGCCUCAGCCUCCUCCUCCCCGUCGCCGUCGCGCAGGCUGAUCAACAACCACUCGACCGCCCCGCCCAAGUCCCCCGGGGCGCACCGCCGGGCCCAGUCGGCGCCCCCCAAGAGUCCCAAGCACCACACGUCUUACCAACCCCCGCAGCAGCACCACGUCACCCACCACCACCACCACACGUCCCGGCCUUCCGACCUGAAGGUGCCGGUGUCCACGCGCGUCAUCGCGGCCACUCAGAACGUGGACAGCAUCCCGCACCUGCGGCGCGUCUCGCCGUGGCAGUGCCGCGACCAGACCUCCUCGUCCUUCAGCAUCGGCCAGCCCGCCUCCGCCGUCUUCGGCACCCCGGACGCCUCCAGAGGCUCCACGCCGACCCCCACCCACCACCCCCACCCCAGCCCCCACCGCUCGGCCUCGGACACGGAGCAGGGCGUCUUCAGCCUGGAGCUGGAAGGGGCGUCCACGCCGGGCGCUGGGAGCCGCAGGGACACCCUGACGGGGGCAGGAGGCAGUUCGGGGGCACCCUCGGAGUGCUCGUUUGAGAGCGACGUGCCGGCCGCCUCCUUCAACGGCAAGCGCAGCAGCCUGAUCGAGAUCUCGCUGUCGGCCCUGCAGGGGCUGGAGGACGAGGAUCAGGCCCAGAGCGAACGCCUGUCCGACUCCAUGAGCGACUACACAGAGCCUGAGACCAAGUCGGGCGUCGGAUUCUUCUUCAGGGAUGAGGCGCGACCAGAGGAUGAGAUGGCCCAGAGACGAGCAGCCCUGCUGGAGAAACAGCAGAAGAGAGCAGAGGAGAUGAAGAAAAAGAGACUGGAGCAGGAGAAGGAGAGGGAGAGGGAGAGAGAGGCCAGCCGGUCAGCGUCAGGAGACGAGAUGCGUCCCCAGACCCCGCGCACCCCUCCCCCGCCCCGCACACCCCCUGCGGAGAACUUUCGGCGCGGCGACUUCACGCGGCUGGAGUACGAGCGGCGGCACCAGCUGAAGAUCAUGGAGGACCUGGACAAGGUGCUGCGGCAGAAGCCCACCACCGUACGCGGCGUCAAGAAGCAGCGGCCCAAGACCGUGUUUCACGAUGACUCGGCACUUUCACGGAGCCCCGCGCGAGGAUUCAUGGGCUCCAGGUUGAACAAAGUCUACUCUCACUCCACCAUGAACCUCUCCUCCAUGGCCAACGACUCCAUGACGGUCAGGAAAUCUCAAAGCCGCUCCCACUCUCCAGCGAGGCUUGCCUCACCGGGCCGUCAUCGGGCCCAGAACGGAGAGGACUGGGAGGUGUCCUCCACCAUCUCCUCCCCCGCCUCCAUCCCAGAGUACACAGGCCCCAAGCUCUACAAGGAGCCCAGCUUCAAGUCCAACAAGUUCAUCAUCCACAACGCCAUCUCCCGCUGCUGCCUGGCUGGCAAGGUCAACGAACCGGUGAAAAACAAGAUAGUGGAGGAAAUGGAGAAGAGCUCGGCCAACCACUUCCUGAUCCUGUUCCGGGACAACAGCUGCCAGUUCCGGGCGGUGUACACCAUGAACCCCGAGACGGAGGAGAUGGUGCGUCUGACGGGCAUCGGCCCGCGCGUCAUCGGGCCCGGCAUGGUGGAGUCCAUCUUCAAGUACAGCUCGGACCGCAAGCAGUUCACCGCCAUCCCGUCCAAGACCAUGUCCAUGAGCGUGGACGCCUUUACCAUACCGGGACACCUGUGGCAGAGCAAGCGGCCCGGUACUCCCAAGAAGCCUACCACCCCCAAAUAAUGACAACAAGGCUCUGGUACCCCCCCCCCCCCCAGAAGCCUACCUACCACCCCCAAAUAAUAAUAUGAAGGCUCCAGGGGUGCCAGAGACAGGCCACAGGUAUCACCACCACUACCACCACCACCACCACCACUACCACCACCGACCACAGCCAGCCACAGUCCUCAACACCACCCAGCAGACGCUCUCCAACAUCUGGGCUGCAUUGCACAUCAGCCAUGGAGAGCCUCCUCCUCAGGCUCCAUCCCAGACACCCUCUCAACACAUACCGACCCACCUUCCAUCGCCUGUAGCUGUCGAGUAGGUGGAUAUUCUGUCUCCAUUUUCUCUCUUGCUUUGGUUUGGUUUCAGUAAGUAGAGAGAGAUGGAGAGAAAGAGAGGGAGGGGGGGGGGUGGAUUUGGAGAGUUUGAUGGUGAUUGUGAUGGUUAUUGUGGUGGUGAUGGUGAUGGUGGUGGUCGUCACUUGAAGUCUUAUGAAACACUAGAAGGAUAAUCUCACAAUGUUAUUAAGGACUGUGCCAUCUACUCUGCUAUGUGCACACAGAGGCCACAGCGCCCUCUGGUGAAGUGCUGUGUGUAUAGCAAAGCCGGCCGGUACAUGAAGGGCCAGAACAUGAAGACUACAAAAAUGUGCCCUCUUCGUAAAAAACCCAUACGGAGCAAGGCCUCCCGUAGAAAAUAUUUCCAAAAUGAAGGCGAUGACAAUUAUGAUGAUGAUGAUGAAAUGAUUGUGCAGACGAAACAAAUGUCAAACCUUUGAAUGAAUGAAAAAAAGAAACAUGUCUAAGAAGUACAAAAAAGAAGUAAAUAAUGUCCAAAUGAAUCCUGCUGGAGACAGCUGGGUCUGGUCAGACUGCAGACUACAAAGGGCUGUGACGCGCCCUGUUUGCCAUGUGGCUCUUCCUGUGUGACAGCCAGGAACCAGGCUGCUCUGCUCUGCGGCGCUCCCACCGUAGGAUCACACACACAGGAGAGCCAUCUUGUCAUCCUUCUGUCAGUCUAUCAGUUGUAUCCGACUCCUCCUCCUUUCUGUCUUCCUGAAUCUUUUUUCCACGGUCUUUCCACCCCUUUUCGUACUCGGUAUCUGUACCGUUUGUCUUUUUUUUAUCUUCCCAUGUGUCCAUGUUGUCAUUGUCUUGCUGCUUUUGACCUUUGACCCCUUUGAAAGCCUUUGCUGUUGUCAGCUUUGGGAAGACCCCCGCCCAUUUGAAAAUGGCACUGCUCUGUAUUGAAUGUACUGUUGGGGGGUCCCCACCCCCAGCCCCAGCCCCUGCCCCCUCCCCACACCCCAGGCCCCCCAUUUCUAUCCAGCAGUGGGCCUUGUGACGUGUGGUCUGCUGUCGCGUUGUUUUUCCUCAGUGGCCAGUCUGGGAUCAUCAGGAACAUGGGGGACACACCAUGGGGAGACCAUAUGGGAGACGGCUCUUCCCAUUGGUCAGGGGCCCAAGGUGCAGGGUUGGGGAACAUACAGGUACUCUUGCCAUGCUGCUGUGCCUAAUAUAUCAGGAGAACACGAAGGACCCAUAUACCCACCCUCUCCUAUCAGGACAUCGUUAAGAGGACAUUCAGCCCCCACCACCACCUCUGAACCUACAGAUGUCCAAUACCCAUGCCCAAUGAAGAAAUCCCUCUUCUUUUGAAGAAAAUUCCAGGUUUUUUUUCUCCCUCUCUUUUUAUCUUUCCCUCUUUAUAAGAAAACUGCACUUUUGACAUGUGGGUGUGUGGCGCAUGUCAAUCAUCUCUCAAGCCUUUGCUGGGCCUGAGAACAGAAGAUCAUAUCGGUGGACUUCCGGUUCUAGAAUCGCUCAUUUUUCCUCAGAACCAUACGUCAUCUCCAGUGUCAGUUUACGACGAAAGAGAAGCUACCCCCGCUGACUAGCAACCGUCAUACCCAAUGCUACUGGAAGAGACUUCGCUUGAAACUUGCUAGCAUUGACUAGAGGAAGCGGUGAUGUGACUUAAAAUCAAAACAAAACCCAAUAAACAAAAUGGAAGAAGAUAUUGGAAGAUUUAAAAUGUGGUCUGAAUCGUGUAUAUGAAUGAUUCUUUCCAACUUUGACAAUGAUUUGUAUAAAGUGAGAUGACUUUGUAAAGCUACCAAGCUAGCCUGCUGUUUCAGCACGAAAGGGUGUGUGUGUGUGUGUGUGUGUGUGUGUGUACAUGUGGUUGAAUAGGUGUGUGUAUGUCAGAGAGGGAGACAGAAUGAACAAAAGAGAGACUGACCGUGCCCAAGAAAAGAAACAAAUGACAUACCGUUGAGUCCAAAAGAAAAACUUGAUCUUCCCUCAUUGUAGGGUCAAAUAAAACCCCGUAAUGAGUGAAAAAGCCGUGUCCUCCAUAUUGAAUAUCAAAUGUGUUUGCACGCAUGUUUUUCUCAGUGGUGUAUUAAAAUACACAUACUCAAACACAGUAAACACAGGGCUGGUUAGACUGCCACAUUUGUGAAGGCCUCUCCCGACAGCAACAGUUGUGUCUGUAACAUUUAGGCUGCUCUUUUUGUCUGUCUGGCUGUUGCCGUACUGGUUGGCAGUAUGAAAGAGAAGCCCAAACAUGACUAGGGGCCUCUACUACAAAGCUGGUUCAGGAGUAAACCACAUUAAGUUAAGAGGUAAAUCAUCUAAUAGAAGAGCACAAAGUCCUCAUGUUCUUAAGAAAAUGAGGACACCAAGCUCUUCUAUUGGAUGGUCUUCCCCUUAACUUUACCUGGUUAAGAAAAUGAUGACUCUGGUAAACUCCUGGUUUACGCCUGGACCAGGGGUGCAUUUCUCGAAA